CUCCGUUCCUUUCUCCUCUCCCUACUGUGAGAACUCAGCCUCUGAUUUUUUAAAAAACGUUUUUUUCUCUGUUCCAUCCAAGGCUCGGGCUGCGAAGUUAAAUGCUGGAUCUAUAUUUCGGCAACUAUUUUUGGCUGUGAAAAUGCUGAGCGGCGUCCUGUUUCUGAGCGUCCUCAUGGUCACCAGCCUGACACCGUCCGAAAUGCAGAGCUGCAACACUUCCCCCUCCAAAGAAAUCUGCAAGAGCCGCUGCAGCUGCGAGGAGCGGGAGAACGUUCUGAACAUCAACUGUGAGAAUAAAGGAUUUACCACCGUCAGUCAGUUCCAGGCGCCCCCCAAUAAAAUCUCGCAGCUUUUUCUAAAUGGAAACUUCUUGUCACGGCUCAGCACCAAUGAGUUUGUCAAUUAUGGCAAUGUCACUUCACUGCAUCUCGGGAAUAACGGCUUACAGGAGAUUCGAACUGGCGCAUUUAACGGGCUGCGCUUUCUGAAGCGGCUCCACUUGAACAACAACAACCUGGAGGUGAUAAAAGAGGACACCUUUGCAGGACUGGAGAGUUUGGAGUACUUACAGGCAGACUAUAAUUACAUCAGUGCCAUCGAGCCGGGUGCUUUCAGUAAGCUGAAUAAGCUCAAAGUGUUGAUCCUGAAUGACAACCUGCUCCUGUCUCUGCCUCCCAAUAUUUUCCGCUUUGUGCUCCUCACCCACUUGGAUUUACGUGGCAACCGGCUCAAGAUGCUGCCGUUUGCUGGGGUCCUCGAGCACAUAGGCGGCAUCAUGGAGAUCCAGCUGGAGAAGAACCCGUGGAAUUGCACAUGUGAAAUGAUUCCCCUUAAAUCCUGGUUGGACACUACUUCUGUCUUCAUGGGGGACGUAGUGUGUGAGACGCCAUUCAGGCUGCAUGGCAAAGACAUCACGCAGCUCAUAAAGCAGGAUCUGUGCCCACGCAGGAAUGCUGGUGAGCGUGUUCACCCCCCCUCUGACUCUCACUUUCAAGGGGCCCUGCCCCCGACCUACCACCCCAGUGGGAUCACCCCCAUCUGGGACCCGAAAGCCUCCCGUCCUCCCAAAAUGCGCUAUAGGCCCACCCCUCGCAUCUCAAAAGACAAACACGUCUUUGGGCCCAUAAUGGUCUACCAGACACGCUCCCCUGUGCCCAUGUUGUGUCCGAGCCUGUGCAUGUGCACGUCACGAAACCGAAACAGCAGCUUGAACAUUAAUUGCCAGGAGCGCAAGUUGCACAACAUCAGUGAGCUGAACCCCAAGCCCUCCUACCCAAAGAAACUCCACCUGACCGGUAACUACUUACAAGUGAUUUACAGGACUGAUCUGACCGAGUACAGCUCACUGGAGCUGCUUCAUUUAGGAAAUAACAGGAUAGCAGUGAUUCAGGAAGGUGCGUUUGAGAACCUAACAAACCUCAGACGGCUCUAUCUGAAUGGGAAUUACAUUGAAUCACUUUCUCAGUCCCUCUUUGCCGGCCUGCAGUCGCUCCAGUACCUGUAUUUGGAAUACAACAUCAUCAAAGACAUCUUACCACAGACAUUUAACGCUUUACACAACCUGCAGCUGCUUUUCCUCAACAACAACCUGCUAAGGUCGCUCCCCGACAAUGUUUUCGGGGGCACGAAGCUGACAAGACUCAACUUGCGGAAUAAUCAUUUCUCCUACCUGCCGGUCCGAGGGGUCCUGGACCAGCUCUCAGCCUUCAUCCAGAUUGACCUGCAGGAGAACCCCUGGGACUGCACCUGUGACAUCGUGGCGCUCAAGAACUGGAUGGAGCUGUCCAGUACCAGCGUGGUGGUCAAUGAAAUAACCUGCGAUUCUCCCUCUAAACAUGCGGGUCGCCUGCUGCGCUCGCUCCGCAACGAGGCCAUCUGCCCCGAGCCCAGCGAGGUGCCCCCACAGCAAAAUCCAACUCCUACAUUAAAAGGGCCAGGCACGGAGCCUACCAUCCCCUCUUCCUCCUCUUCUUCUACUUCUAGCUCAGUCAGCCCCACCAAAUCCAGAAUGCACACUCCUGAGCGACACCCUGAGAUCCCACUUUCAGUCCUGAUUCUCAGGCUUCUUGUUGUUUUCAUCCUUUCGGUCUGCUUCGGCUCCGGCCUCUUUGUUUUUGUCCUGAAGUGGCACAAAGGAGUAGAACACGUCCCCACAGGUGCCAACAACUUAGAUCUCAACUCUUUCUAGCUCCCAGGGAAGCUAAAAACAGAGCCAGACUACCUGGAGGUUCUGGAGAAACGGACUGUGAUGAGCCAACUGUAAGAUAACGACAAUGCAGCAUAGGUUCUGUGCAGCAUACAUUAUACUCUUUACUCUUACUCUCUGUUUUUUUUUUUUUUUGAUUUUUCUUUUUCCAGAGGUAUAAAAAAGGAGUAUAAGAACUAUAUUAUUAUUAUUAUGCAGCUCUAUGUUUGCUCCUGGAAGUUCUAAAUUAUGUCCUCUGAAAAAUGAAAUACCAAAAGACUCUGACAAUGGCAGGCAUAUAAUGGGCAGGACUGUGUACAAAUAUGGCUUUGUGCUUUUCAUGACACUGUAUUUUAUUUUUCCCCUGUGAGAAAGUAUGACGUAAUUAUUCUUUGUAGAAGAGGAAACGCUACAGAUUGACAUUCCUGUACAUAUUUUGCAUACACAGAUAAAUGGUGAGUGUUGAACCAGAAGUGAGAACCCUUUUCAGAAUCCAACAAGUGGCAAAAUCUUACUAUACCUACUCCAGAAAGUGCCUUUGCACUCAAC